GGAACGGCUUGGAUUGAAGGUGUCGCGAUUUUGCUCUGUGUUGUUGUCGUUGUUCUGGUCACAGCUGGUAACGACUACUCCAAGGAGAGACAAUUUCGAAGCCUUCAGGAGAAAAUCGAAACCGGUCAGAAAUUCUCAGUGAUCCGUGACGGCGAAGCUAUCGACGUGCCAGUGUCAGACCUGGUGGUUGGUGACAUCGCCCGGGUGAAGUAUGGAGAUCUCCUGCCGGCCGACGGCUUCCUUCUUCAAGGGAACGACCUCAAGAUUGAUGAGUCAUCGCUCACCGGAGAAUCGGAUCACAUCAAAAAGACUGUGGAAUCGGAUCCUGUAUUAUUGUCAGGUACUUACGCUAUGGAAGGCUCGGGUAAAAUGGUAUUGACCGCGGUCGGUGUGAACUCACAGACCGGUAUCAUCAUGACGCUUCUCGGCUCCGGUAAACCUGGUGUUGCUGGUGCCGACGAAAAUUCCACAUCAAGUUCGUGCUUCAGAGUUUUGCCUAGGCAGGAUCGGCAUCACUUCCUUCUGCCCAUAAUAUACAACUGUAAACUUCCUAUUGUACCAUAUCCUUCUCAAAAGUACACUUCAGCUUCAUCGAGCUCGUCCAGCUCCUCAUCAAGUUCUGGAACAACAGUCGCUGGCAUCGCCUUGAUCGUAUUGAUCACAAGAUUUUGUAUCGAGCACUACGUUCGCGAUGGAAUCCCAUUCAGCAUUGCAGACAUACCAGAUGUUCGUCAAAUUCUUCAUCAUAGCCGUUACGAUCCUGGUGAUAUCGAUUCCUGA